AUGUUUCUGGCUGCAUCGAUGGCAUGCUGGCAUUUAGUGAACUAUUUUGAACGACAUGUUCUCGAUGUUGAACCAUUUUACAAAUCGUGGGAAUCUAUCUUGAAGCAGACUACAAAAAUUAACUAUGGAUGGUCAUAUAUUGUGUCAUGGAUUGGAAUUGGCUUUAUUUUACUAGCCUCAACAUUCAUGCUGUUAUCGUACAAGAAAAUAAAGGAGGAAGAAGGAAAAGCAUUCGAAACAAAACAUGGCGCAUAUAUAAUACCAAAUUAUUAUGACAAAUCAUCGGCGAUGGUACCCUAUGGCUAUGGCACAUACGCAGGAUAUGGUGCUUAUCCUACGGCUUAUUAUGGUCAAUAUCCUCCUAAUGGUGGUUACUAUGGAUAUAUGACAUAUGGUCGUUAA